AGGACGUCCUAUCGAAACAGCAAGUCUUGAUUCCUAAUCCAGAGUUUGGGAAUAGCCGUUCUUCCUGGUCACCUACGGUGAGCUGAUAGUGCCUGCAGGAGACCAGAGGGAAGGAAAGAAGGAUUUGUUGCUUUAGUCAGUGCAAUUUCUUGCUUCUUUCAGGUGUGCAUGGGCAGGCACAGCAGUCAGAGUUUUGUGAGCAGCUGCAGGCGUUUUACUACAUGGCCUAGGAAGCUGGCUUUGGUAUUUAUAUAUUUAUUUACUGUGAUUACAGCCUACCUCCCCCCCUCUCCAAGGAGCUCAAAGUUUUAUACGUAGUUCUCCCCGUCUCAUUUAACACCCCUGUGAGGAAGGUCAGGGAGAGAGAGAGAGAGAGAGGGAGAGAGGCAGUGCCUGGCCCAAAGUUACACCCAGCGAGCUUAAUAGCCAGGUGGGGAUUUGAACCCUGGAAUUAAGAGCUGGACCAUAAAGAAGGCUGAUCACCAAAGAAUGGAUGCUUGUGAAUUCUGGUGCUGGAGGAGACUCUGGAGAGUCCCAUGGACUGCAAGAAGAUCAAACCUCUCCAUUCUGAAGGAAAUCAGCCCUGAGUGCUCACUGGAAGGACAGAUCCUGAAGCUGAGGCUCCAAGACUUUGGCCACCUCACGAGAAGAGAAGACUCCCUGGAAAAGACCCUGAUGUUGGGAAAGAUUGAGGGCACAAGGAGAAGGGGACGACAGAGGACGAGAGGGUUGGACAGUGUUCUUGAAGCUACCAGCAUGAGUUUGACCAAACUGCGGGAGGCAGUGGAAGACAGGAGGGCCUGGCAUGCUCUGGUCCAUGGGGUCACGAAGAGGCGGACACGACUAAACGACUCAACAACAACAACUCUCCCGGGUCUUUGUCCAACGCUCUAACCACUGAGCCACCCUGGCUCAGUCACAUGGUUCAUCUCGGCAGGAUAUGAUGAUGGCGCACACACAAAAAGCCCUGUUAUGUCCACCCCCCCAACUGCAUACAGUGCUGUAGUUUCCCCAGCAAGGGCUCACCCCUUGGGCGUUGCCCUUGAGAGAGCAGAGGGUAUCUGGCAGGCCCUGGCACACAGCACUCCUGAGACGGCCCGAAAUAACUUCUGCGCACCGCUGUCAUCGGCUCCCACCCACCCUGGCUCCUUCUCCCUCCGGCUUCCUCAGCCGACACCUCGCAUCUCCACAACUGAGAGGUGACGAAGGCUCGGGGGCUUUGCCCUCCCCCUCCGUGCCUUCGUUUGCCCCCCUUCCCCGAAACACGUAGGAAGGUGGGUGGCGAACGUCUUUCCCCAUCUGAAGGGGCACCACUCGGUCACACGGCUGCCCUUCCUGCAGCCGCUCUCUCGCUCCUGCCGACGCCGCACCAUGUACCCCUACAAGCCGCACGGCACGGACGCCUUCGGGACCCCUCUGCGGCGCACCCCGCCACGGACUGGGAGGGGCGGCCUGAAGAGGAAGAGCCCGUCUCCUCCGCACCCCCAAGGCUGCAGCAGCCCUGGCAGCGGACUGGGUGCCUUCCUGGACAGCCAUGGGAUUGACCCUCCGCCUGACUCAUCUGUGGGAUGCAGGUAAAAGAAGCGGGGUGCAGGGUUCAAGAGACAGUAUGGUGUAGUGGUUAGAGAGUCAGAGCAGGACCUGGGAGAGACCAGGGUUCAAAUCCCCGCUCGGCCGAGAAGCUCACUGGGUGGUAGCCUGGGGGCCAGUCACUGCCUCUCGGGCUGGCCUACCUCACAGGGGUGUUGGGAUAAAUGUUUGCCACCUUGAGCUCUUUAGAGAUGGGAUAUAAAGACUGGAAUUGUGGCCAGGGAUAGGAAUAUGCCUUCCUGCUCAUUGGUUCCCUCUUAAAUUCUGGAAGCUGGCUUAGUCAGACCAAGCCAGCGGUGGCUUGAAAGGGUUUCAGGCACAGAUGUUUCCCAGCUCCACCUUGAGAUCCUGUGGCCUUCUGCACACAAAACAGGUGAUCUACCUGCCAAGCUGCCAGCUGCUUUCCUGAAAAUCCACCAUUGCAUUUCUUGGGUGAAUCCGACAUGGGCCUCGGGUGGCGAGUGCGAGUUCAGCCGCUGUUGAACACAGCACAGCUGUUCAAGAGAGGAUGUCGCCACCCAGCGGGUCUGAGCAGAAGGAGGCUGGGGGCAAAGGUCAAACAGACUUGCCUACCCAUGGUCUACUCCAUUUAAAAAGACAGAACAUUGGACAGGGCCAGGCUGGGCCGAAGGAACAUGGGCAUGAGAAAGGCCCUGCAGGAUCAGGCCCAUGCAGUCGAGCAUCCUGUUCUCUCAGUGGCCGACCAGGUGCCCAUUGUGGGGAACCCUCAAGCAGGGCCGAGUGCAAGGCCACUCUCUCCCCUCCUGCAGUUUCCAUCAGCCGCUGUCCAGAAGCAUUUCAGCCUCUGGCUAGUAGCCACUGAUAGCCUUAAAGGUAAAGGGACCCCUGACCAUUAGAUCCAGUCGUGACCGACUCUGGGGUUGCGGCGCUCAUCUCACUUUAUUGGCCGAGGGAGCCGGCGUACAGCUUCCGGGUCAUGUGGCCAGCAGGACUAAGCCGCUUCUGGCGAACCUGAGCAGCGCAUGGAAAUGCCGUUUACCUUCCCGCCAGAGUGGUACCUAUUUAUCUACUUGCACUUUGACAUGCUUUCGAACUGCUAAGUGGGCAGGAGCAGGGACCGAGCAACGGGAGCUCACCCCGUCGCGGGGAUUUGAACCGCCGACCUUCUGAUCGGCAAGUCCUAGGCUCUGUGGUUAAACCCACAGUGCCACCCAUGUCCCUUAUUGAUAGCCUUAGCCUCCAAUAAUUGGUCUGCUCCUCUUUUAAAUCCAUCCAAGAUAGUGGCCUCACUCCCUCCUGUGGCAGGGAGUUCCCACGGUUUGCUGCGAAGAAGUACCUUAUUUUAUCCGACCUGAAUCUUCCAACAUUCAGCUGCGUCAAAUGUCCAUUUUGUUGCCCGAGGCAGAGGAUAAUUCGCCCGAAUCCCCUUCCACAUAGAGAAGCACCGACUGUCGAACCUUUCUUCCGACACUAGUGAUGGGGUAGCCUCACCUGAGAGGACGAAGCAGGGCAGCGCAUGCUGCUCACCUGGGUCUCACAUCUGCCACCUGAGGCAGCUCCCGCACUUUGCCUGACAGCUGGGCCAGCAACCCGGGUCCAGAAUGAGAAUUUGAGCCCACAGCGGGCAGCUCGAUGGAGGUGUUGACGCAGUGUGUGGCAGCUGUGGGGGAAAUCCAAAUUCCAGGCUAUGGGAAUUUGAAAAUAAAGCUGCCACAAUCAUAAUGUGGUUCUUCAAAUUUAUGGUGCGACCACACUCAAUACCGCAUACCGUUCUGGUCGCCUUGCCUCAAAGCGGAUAUUGUAGAGCUGGAAAAGGUUCAGAAAAGGGCAAGGGGAUGGAGCAACUCGCCUAUGAGGAAAGGUGGUGACAUUCGGGACUGUUUAGAGAAACGUUGAGUAAGGGCUCAUCCACACUUCUUUUGUGCCCCACACUUUCUCAGUAAAGGUCUGCACUUUAAAGCUCCAUGUCUGAGCACACAUCACUGCUUUCCCCAGGAAGCCCCGCUCUUUAACGCUGAAUCGGAACAAACGACAAUUCGGGUUUUCUUCUGCGGAUUGCCCUUUGCUCUGAUUCAUGGGUGAAUAGCGGGGGUUUCUCCAGAAAAAAAAGCUGGGGCAAAUAAAGAGGGUUUGGACACAGCUUUAAAGUGUGGAUCUGUGUCUGUGGAAGUCUGCAUGAGCUCCCAGAAGCGACAUGAUGGAAAUUCAUAGCAUUAUGCAUUGUGAAGGGAGUGAAGAGAAAGAGAGCUUUUCUCCCUUGGAACUCAGGGGCGUCCACUGAACACUUGAAUAUUCAGGUCAGAAAAAAGUGCUUCACACAGCACAUAGUUAAACUUUGGAAUACUCUCCCACAAGACUCGGUGAUGGUUGCCAAGUUGGAUGGCUUUAAAAGAGACUUAGGCAAACUCAUGGGGGAUGAGACUCUCUGUGGCUACUAGUCCAGGAGGGCUGCUUUAGUUGGUGCCAAAAUAUUGUCCAAAUGUGGGGGGGGGGAGCGAUCAGCUGCCCUUCCAACUUGCCUCCAGAAGGGAGUCUUGCAGAACCACCAGUUUCCCCCAUUCCCCUGGGGAGAGGGGCUUCUUCCUUGCCCCCCAAUUCCUCUACUCCCAUCUCACCCCUAUUCCAUGUUCCCCACUGCACUCCCUCCCCACUGAUGCAGACCACCCGCGUGGCUGUUUCUCCCUCCCCCAUUAAGUGCUCCCCUCAACCCCCCCCACCUCUCCGCGCUUAAAGUCCUAAACUGCUAUUACCCCAAAUCCUUUCUCUCCCGCACCUUUUUUUUUUAAUGGAUGCUCUUAACUUUAUCCAUCAUUCCUCUUUGGGUGGAUUAUCCGAGCCAAGAGAGAGAUAGGGGGGUUAAGAGCAGCGGGGGCAACACGUGUCCCCGUUAAAAGCUUUCCGCAGCUGUCGUGGUCUUUCGUUUUUCCGCCCCCCGCCCCCCAGUCACAUACGCCAAUCCCCGCGAGCCCAGGAGUCCUGCUGCCCCCCUCCCUCUCCCUAAGAGCUUUAGGAGGAGGAAGUGGAGGCGGCGGUCCAGAGGAUGCUUUCCCCAUCUCCGCCUCUGCCUGCAUCUUCGCCUGCAUCCCUGAGCAUCCUUCCUCCUCCAACGCAGCGGGUCCCCUCGCCUCCCCCCCCCACAAAAAAGGCCGGCGGGGGAGGAGCCUGGCAUGCAAAUGAGGCCCAGCUAAACCGGGGCGAGGAGCGGCAUCCCGGACAGCAGCUGUACUGAGGGUGCCCUCCCUCUCCUCUUCCUCGCCCCCCACUGCAGCCUGGCCAGUCCCCCCACAUCUCAGCACCCCUCCCGUCUAAGAUUUCCCUGCCCCCCCUUUUGCAUGCAGCUCCCCCCACAGGGAAGGAGGCUGCCAGGCGCCCACAGCCCAUAAGCCCCUGGGUGCAUUGUGUGGGGGGGGACCACACCUUUGGGUGUUGGGGGGUCCCCGGCUGAGCCAUGCAAGUUUCCAUCGCCUGCACGGAGCAGAACCUGCGGAGCCGGAGCAGCGAUGACCGGCUGUGCGGCGGGGGGACGCGCGGCCAGGGCAGCGGGGGGCAAGGCAACGGGGGGUACCAACCCCCCGGCAAGGGACCCCGGCUAGCCAUGGGGCCGCGGGCGCCCGGGCAGAACCUGCCCCACAUCGCCUUCCUCCUGAGGGAGUCCACCGGCCGGGCCACGGGCAUGAACUACAGGUAGGGGCUUUUUUUCUGAUGGGGGAUGGGAUAUCGAGAGGGGGGGCUGGAGCGGGGGGAGGGGGUUUUAGGCUGGGGGGAUCCAUGGAGAGGGCUUGGGGGGGCAGGAUGAAGGGAGCUGGUGCUCUGGCACGGGACCUCACCCCUGUCCCAGAGGAAGGUUAAAGGAGUUUAAACUGCUGGGGGGGGUUGUGGGGUUACCAAGGAGAACUCUCUGCCCGAGGGGGGCAGAGUCCCAAUCGUUUGCAGGACACCCCACGGGAGGCGUCUGUGGUGUCUGCUGCCAAUGGGGAUGGGGUGGAGAGAGAGGAUAGAGGAUUUGGGGGGGGGGGUGUUCAGUCCCUUGGAAAGGGAGAAGGCGGAUUCUGCAGAUGAAGAAGGACCUUGCAGGGAAGACGCGAUGGGGGGGGGGGGGGAGAGAGUCUCACACCACAUGUGGAAGCAAUAUUUUUUGAGAUGCUUCUUUGCAAAAUUCUUGAGUGGGGGGGAUGAAGAGGUGGGAUUUUGGCUUUUUCUGAGGCUGGCAGCUCAUCCUCUGCGGCGGGGGGGGCGCGCCUUUGUUGGGGUGCAGCUUGCGGGGGAUGUGGUCCAGAGGGCAAGGAGAAGCAGGAAAGGCACGUUGGAGGGGAGCCAAAUCCCAGGGGCAGCUAUUGGGGGGGUGGGGAAAGGGGGGGAGUGUGAACUUGUCCCUUGUGGAUACUUCGAGAUAACGGGUCCCAGGACUCUUGGGUUCUUUGAGAAGAAAUUCUGACCUACAAACAGAGGUUGUGUCAGGCCAGGAUCCUACCCUAAAUGUUGUGGGGGGGAGGUAAGAGAACUAGUGGGGUGAAGGAGGAAAGAUUGGGGGGGUCCUGAGUAGAAAAGCUCUCCCUGAACCUCAAAAGGCUGAAGGGGAAGGGGAGGUUUCAUCUAACUCUGGAUUACGCAGCGAGUUCGGUUCCUCUUAGAGGAGCUGUUUUGGAAUGGGGGGUGGGGAGGCACAAAGAGGCCAAAGCAGGGCCCCCCAGUAGUUACUGCUUUCGCCCCGCCCGCCCCCAAGCACAGACUCAGAACUGCACAGACGCCACACUUCCAAUCUCUCUCUUCAUAUUUGGCAUUUUAAUCAAAGUUGGGACAGAUCUCUGCUAACCCCAAGGUUAAUCCAUUUGCUCACAAGAAAGGGUGGGUGGGGAGGAGAGAGACUUGUAGGGCGGGGGGGGGGUGCUGUGCCUGUGAGCCAGGACGCCUGGGUUCUCUGAAACAGGGGGAGGGACAUAGGAUCUAGAGGGUUGGAGCAAGGAGGGGUGCAUAAAGGCGGGGGAGGGAGGAACCCCCCCAUGAACUUGUGAAAAAACUCUGAAUGGAGGGUUUUUUAAAAAAAGGAAAAUUGGGAGUGUGGGGUGGAAUCAUUGGAGCCCAUCACCUCUGGGAGGUCAGGGAGGGGCGUGGGGGGGUAGUGGUAGCUUAACACAAUCUGGAGAAAACCACAAUCUGCAGGUUUCCCCAGAGAGGGAUUGUGGCGAGGGAAGAAGGUCAAGUUUGGAUGCUAAAAAAAAAUUAAAGGCCACCUAGAAUCUCUCUGCAUUUGUUUUGGCGUAAUGUCUGAAUGUUGCAGUAAUGCAGGGGUGGGCCGUGGAAGAGAAAGGAACUGGAACCCGCUCCCCCUCCCCAAUCACUCCUUGAAUCUUCCCUCAUUCGCAUCCCAGCCCAAUUUAGGCCUGUGCUAUGUAUAAACACCCCUCUGGCACAAGUCCUCAGACCCAGGAAGGGCAGUGAGGCCUAGUGGUGGUGUUUCAUGAAGAGGCUGUUAUUUCUGCUGAGUGUUUUUUGGGGGGAGGGAUAUAUGAAAAUGUGAAGGCAGGAGGACUCUGGGGUUUCCUUUUAUGUGCUGUGUGUGUUUUGUGUGUGUUUUACCUGCCUAGAAAUAGGUUGUGGGGGAAGAGGGGAAGGGAGCCAGGACUCCUGAGUUUUCUGGCACAGGCGUGGAGCCGAGUGGAGUGGGUUUCCGAGUGAGGUUGGGAUGGGCCUGGCAGGCGGCCAGGACUCCUGGGUCCAAUUCCCCUGGUGCACCACAGAGUAGGGUUGUUGCUGGGGCUGGCCGGCUUCCAAACCGCCUCGCAGAGCCCAUAAUUGCCGCUCUGCGCCUCUGCUCAGGUUGCCCUGGGCCGGAGCCAGCCCAGUUCCGAGGUUGGAAAGCCAGAUUAAAAGCAGGAGAUGCUGAACUUUCAACAGGAGUCAUGUCUGUUCCUUGGGGGCUGUGGGAAAGUGGGGAGGGGGCAAGGGAGCAGCAGGGGUGAGGAGCCGGGGGGACUUGCAUGGCAGGGGGGGAGCGGUCCUAGCUAGAGGUGAAGGUCAAGGACCUCAGUUCUGCAAGAAAGAAAGAAAUUAAUAUGUAUACGUGUUUGUGUGUGUAUGCGUUCGCGCAGAGGAGGUUGGUGUAUUUAUGAAAAAAUACAGGUAUAGUGUUCUAUUUUGGGCCGCAAAUUGUAUUCCCGCUUCUGAUCUCAUUCCUCUUGAAGAUGUAGAUGAAAACAUUGCUGAAUAUUUAUUAUUUAUGUUCAGUGUUUAUAUCCAACCAUUGCUGUGUACAGAAGGCGCCUAAGGAAGUUUAUGGCAUAUUAACUUUUGGGGGGGGAAGGAGGAUAAGUGCAUUGUACAGAGGAAACCCCAAACUGAGGUUUAAGUGCAUGGGGAGGGGCGAUCACUAAAAUCAGAAGAGAGCAAAAUUUGUGCUGGAGGCUGAGUGAAAGUCUUUUUCAGCUAGUGACCCCUGAGCAUGUAGAGAGUGCUUUUUUGCAUACCACUGAACCGGCACAAGCAGCCAUCGCACAUGCCAUUUUCAGCACCCAGUAACCACCAACAGUAUCUGGACUUGGAGUGUCACCCGCUGGAAUAGGUUUUGAUUACACUCAGGGAGAUUGAUGGAUUAUUAGUCACUUUAUUGGGCCUCCAGGAUUUGGGGUGGGUGUGUGGAGUAAUGUCCCCCCUGGCCAGGUGACUGAGGGUUUUCCUGCAGGUUGACCAGCUGGCUUGAGUCACCUGGGGCUAUCACUUCCAAAGGGCCAAGCGCUCUGGAUACCUGUGGCAGAAAACCCAGUCUUGCCCCUUGGCACACAAGCCUUUAGAGAUGCUCAGUAUGGCUUGCACAGGAGAUAUUCCCUGUAGGAUUGUGCCCUGGGGUUAGACAGAUCUAUAGGACCCCAGUAACCUACCCCUCCUACCAUCUGCACCCUGUUCUCUACUUGGACCAGGUAGCUCACCCUUUGCCAACCUGAUGCCGCCGCCCCCCAGCUAGCUGCUUUGAGCUACAACUCCCAGCAGUCCCAGUCAGCAUGGGGUGUGUGGUCCCUGCGUUGCAGGCAAGCGCCUUGUCUUAAAGAAUUUAGGAAGUGGACGGGGGCUCCCCUGUCCUUUAAUAUGGCCUUAUGAUCUGGCACGGGCUCAGGGCUCGGUAUGUUGUUGUUGUUGUUUAGUCGUCUAGUCGUGUCCGACUCUUUGUGACCCCCUGGACCAGAGCACGCCAGGCACUCCUGUCUUCCACUGCCUCCCGCAGUUUGGUCAAACUCAUGUUUGUAGCUUCGGGAACACUGUCCCACCAUCUCGUCCUCCGUCGUCCCCUUCUCCUUGUGCCUCCAUCUUUCCCAACAUCUUCUCAUGAGGUGGCCAAAGUCUUGGAGCCUCAGCUUCAGGAUCCGUCCUUCCAGUGAGCACUCAGGGCUGAUUUCCUUCAGAAUGGAUAGGUUUGAUCUUCAUGCAGUCCAUGGGACUCUCAAAAGUCUCCUCCAGCAGCAUAGUUCAAAAGCAUCCAUUCUUCGGCGAUCAGCCUUCUUUAUGGUCCAGCUCUCACUUCCAUACAUCACUACUGGGAAAACCAGAGCUUUAACUAUACGGACCUUUGUUGGCAAGGUGAUGUCUCUGCUUUUUUAGAUGCUGUCUAGGUUUGUCAUUGCUUUAGGGCUGGGUAUAUUGUUCCAUAAAACCCACCUUUAGGAAGUUGAGCUAGAGGACGCUUUGGGUCCCUCCUCCCAACUUUAAAAUUCUAUGGUUCCUUCUGAGCGAUUGAGGUUGUUCUGGUCCACUGGAGAGUUGUGGGGGCCCCCGCGAUUGAGUUUCUGGCCUGUCUCCCCUCCACCAUCUGUUUUCCACAGCUCCCUUAUGGUUUAAUUAUGAGGCCAAGUCACGAUCCGUAUCCGCGCGGCAGCUGGUGGGUAGGGUACUUUCAUACUUGCCCCCGAUGUGGGGAAGGGGGGAGAGAAUGGGGUUGCCAUAACCACCUCUCUCUCUCACCUCCCCCUGCCCCUCCAAGGGAGACCUCUGGCUCAGUAGCAGAGCAUCGGGUGACGGGUUCAAUUCCAGGCUGGGAGACACACACACACACACACACACACACACACACACACACUGCCAUGUGAAAUCCCAGAGGGUUGCUGCCAGUCUGUGCAGGUUUUUGUAGAAUCAUAGCAUUGUAGAGUUGGAAGAGGGACCCCCAUACUGCAUAUAACACUAACGUCUCACAAUAAAUGUGAUUGAUCUGCAGAAAACACAACCUGAAAAAAGAGACAAUGCUCGUACUUUUGUAAACUAAGAAAAUCUUUAAUAAACAUUAUUUUUGAAAAAGUUCUUCCUGACAUUUAGUUGGAAUCUCCAUUAUUGUCAUUUGGAUGGCUGGGAGUGGGGUUAUUGGUCUGUUUCCUUUUUGUUCCUGAUUUUAUUAUGUAUUUUGUGCUUUCACAUUGUAUUUUUAUGCUGUCAACUACCCUGAGAUCUAUGGAUGAAGGGGAGUGUAAAAUGAAAUAAAUAUUGAAUUACGUUUGGUUCGGGUCUUACCCUCUGGGGCAGCGGAAAAAACAAACUUGCUCCAUCUUCCAUGCGACAGACGUAGAUUUUUCUACGUAGCUGAGCAGGGGUUUCCUGUCUGUGGUCCAUGGGGCAGCUGUGGUCGUCACACUUCAUUCAGGUGGUCUUGGGUGGUAUGUCUGUAAAAAUGCAAUUAAGAAUCACGCAGCACCUGGUACAGUGCAUUACAACUUGCCACAGAAGGCAGGAAAAGUAAUAAGUGGUCUGCCAUGGAGCAAGAAAACUGCUAGUACUUUUGCAAAGCUAAGCAGGGUGUGGUCUGGUUUUGAACUGGAUGGGGAACCAUAUGUUGAGAUUCCUGCAUUGCAAAGGGUUGGACUAAACGACCCUCUGGUCUCCUUCCAGCUCUACAUACAAAUCUACAACUCUAAGACCCUCAGAAAUUUCCAAGUGGUCUGCAGCAGAGGCGCUGAUACAGAGUUUGGGAACCGCAGGAGUUAUUGAAGAGGGAUGAUGAGCAAAUCUCCACCUGCUUAAUGUCUGUGUGUCCUGUUCCGGCACAGGAGCAAGGGCACUGAAAGAAGUUGGCAACUGUUGUUGUUGUUUAGUCGUUUAGUCGUGUCCGACUCUUCGUGACCCCCUGGACCAGAGCACGCCAGGCACUCCUGUCUUCCACUGCCUCCCGCAGUUUGGUCAAACUCAUGCUGGUAGCUUCAAGAACACUGUCCCACCAUCUCGUCCUCUGUCGUCCCCUUCUCCUUGUGCCCUCCAUCUUUCCCAACAUCAGGGUCUUUUCCAGGGAGUCUUCUCUUCUCAGGAGGUGGCCAAAGUCUUGGAGCCUCAGCUUCAGGAUCCGUCCUUCCAGUGAGCACUCAGGGCUGAUUUCCUUCAGAAUGGAGAGGUUUGAUCUUCUUACAGUCCAUGGGACUCUCCAGAGUCUCCUCCAGCACCAGAAUUCAAAAGCAUCAAUUCUUCGGCGAUCAGCCUUCUUGAUGGUCCAGCUCUCACUUCCAUACAUCACUACUGGGGAAAACUAGCUAUUUACUACGGUAUAUCUUUAAUCUGAGCUUCUUCAAGGAGCUUAAGGCAUUGAACCUAGUUCUCCCUACCCCACCCAUUUCAUCUUCACAACAACCUUGCCAGGCAGGUUAGGCUGAGAUAGAGAGUGACUGUGAGGUCCAUAGCUGAGCAGGGAUUUGAACCUGGGCCUUCCCAGGCCUGGACUGAGACUGUGAGUCAACCUUGCCCUUGAAGGUCAAAAAAAGGGAAGGAAAGGAAAGAGACGGGAAUUGCCCAGAGUGAUUGAUCCCUACUUCUUGUUCUGUGGAAAGAGCAGCACUUACUGGGUUCAACAAGAAAAUGCAGAGGCUCGAAACUAUUUGCAAGUCACCCGGGAGAGCCCCUUCUCAUUCCCCAGUGUGUCGCUAUGAUGAAACGCACUCUGUGCAUACUCUAUGGCACUGCCUUUAAUACUGACCUGUGUUUUUAGAACCUGCCUUGUUUUUCAACUUCUAAGUUGUUUUGAACUGUUUUGAAUAUUGCGCUUUGUUAGCGUAACCUGCUCAGGCACAUUAGGGCGAAGGGUGGGAAACAAACAAACAUUCAGCCGUGCUUAUCUCACAGCUUUUGGGGGGCUUCUUCCACAACAACCUUACUAAUAUUAGUGCAACCGUUGAGCAGCCUUUGUCCAAAGAGCUCUGCAGCAACACCCGCCAACUUGUUGUUGUUGUUUAGUCGUUUAGUCGUGUCCGACUCUUCGUGACCCCCUGGACCAGAGCACGCCAGGCACUCCUGUCUUCCACUGCCUUCCGCAGUUUGGUCAGACUCAUGCUGGUAGCUUCGAGAACAUUGUCCAACCAUCUCGUCCUCCUUUGUCCCCUUCUCCUUGUGCCCUCCAUCUUUCCCAACAUCAGGGUCUUUUCCAGGGAGUCUUCUCUUCUCAGGAGGAGGCCAAAGUAUUGGAGCCUCAGCUUCAGGAUCCGUCCUUCCAGUGAGCACUCAGGGCUGAUUUCCUUCAGAAUGGAGAGGUUUGAUCUUCUUGCAGUCCAUGGGACUCUCCAGAGUCUCCUCCAGCACCAGAAUUCAAAAGCAUCCAUUCUUUGGCAAUCAGCCUUCUUUAUGGUCCUGCUCUCACUUCCCUACAUCACUACUGGGAAAACCAUAGCUUUAACUAUACGGACCUUUGUUGGCAAACUUAAAUGGCUUUAAAAGAGGAUUAGACAAAAUCGUGGAGGAGAGUGCUCUUGAAUGGCACUGGAAACCACAGGAAGGGAGAGGGGCUCUGGCUGACCACUGUGAGAACAGAAUUCUGGACUAGAUGGGACACUGGCCUGAAUCAUAGAAUUGGAAGGGACCUCCAAGGGUUAUCCAGUCCAACCCCCUGCAAUGCAGGAAUUUUCUUGUGUUCUUAUCUCUGCUCCACCCCAGAAGUAGCGGCAGCGGCAGCAGCUGAACCCACCCCUGCCCUUCGCCCCACCACCAUUUCCUCUAAAGUCCUGCUCUGCCCCAUCCCCACCCCCACCCCAUUAUCUCAAUAGCAGAAGCUCCCAGCCAUCGGCUGCAGUGACCCCAUUUCCAAGCCCCGAGAUCAGGCUCCCAUCUAUUUUUAUCCUCCGUUAACCGCUCACAGCGGUGGCUCCGCUGGUUAACGAAGCUGCGAGAGGCACGCUGGGCAGACGGCAGCGCUAAUGAACACGAAGCGGAGGGGGAAAGCGAGGCUCCAAGAGGAAGCCGGACACCUCCCAGGGCGCUUGGUGCAGUCACUCGGGGGAAAGUGCCCGCGAGAGGAACCCAUGAGUCCUGGCUGUGCUCGCUUCCAGAUCCGUCACUCAGCCGAUUUGCACAAUGAACCAGUUAAGAGAGAUUAAGUCCACCCUGGGAUUGCAUUUUUGUGAUGCAGGCAACUAAUGCCAAAAUGUAAUUCAGGAGAUGAGACUUGGGCACAGGAGGACAUCAUCAUCAUCAUACCAGCAUUACAAAAUUCCAGCUGUUUUCUACUCAUUCUUCACCAAUACUUUAUCAAGCCCUGACCAAGCCUUCACCUAUGUCUUGAAAGGUGCAAGUUCCCCCAGUUAGUAGAACCAUAUGCUGCAAAGUUUUGCUAAGAUGUACCAUCUCACAUUGGGAUGCGGGUGGCGCUGUGGGUUAAACCACAGAGCCUAGGACUUGCCAAUCAGAAGGUCGGCGGUUCAAAUCCCCACGACGGGGUGAGCUCCCAUUGCUCGGUCCCUGCUCCUGCCAACCUAGCAGUUUGAAAGCACGUCAAAGUGCCAGUAGAUAAAUAGGUACCGCUCCGGCGGGAAGGUAAACGGCGUUUCCGUGCGCUGCUCUGGUUCGCCAGAAGCGGCUUAGUCAUGCUGGCCACAUGACCCAGAAGCUGUAUGCCGGCUCCCUCGGCCAGUAAAGCGAGAUGAGCGCCGCAACCCCAGAGUCGGUCACGACUGGACCUAAUGGUCAGGGGUCCCUUUAACUUUACCUUUUUACCAUCUCACAUUAGAAGUGAGGAAUAGCAUGUUUGAAUGGUCUCUCAUAUAAAUGGUCUUCUGCAUAUGCUGCCUCUUUUUCGGUGCCCUCUCGGACGCAGCAGCAGUUGGAGUGUUGAUGGGCAUCCCGGUGCAUGCACUCUGCUUGGCGCAAGCUAAGAGGUGGCACGAGCCGGCUUGGAUCGAUAUGUUGCUCUGUAGGUUGGAAGGAAAAUGAUAUGUUUGAGGAAGCAGAGUUUCAGAUGUGCUCUAGCAAGGCAUGCCACUACAGGCUAGACCAGUGGUUCCCAACUGGGGGUCCGGGGGUCUACAGAACACAGGCAGGAGGUCCGCGGCACCAUCCCCUGCCAGGGACUCACUUCUCUUGUUAGUUGAACAGUGAAAGCCACAAUAAUGAUCCAAGGAUCACUUAGCCUCUGCUCAUGACCAGGGCCUUCUCGCUGGCAGGGGGGAAACCUGUGAGUUUCUGGGUGGCAAGUGAGCUGGGAUUGGGCACAAACAUCUGAUACAGUUUCUUUGGGCUCUUGCAGAGAGAGAGAGAGAGAGAGAGAGAGAGAGAGAGAGAGAGAGCGCUCCAUGGGAUGGGUUCACAUGCUUACCAGUUCUUUUAAAAAUCUAAGGGUUGAACUGCCGGUUGCAAGCGCUGCAGGUUGCGAACGUGCCUCCCGCACGGAUCACGUUCACAACCCGAGGUUCCACUGUAGAACCCUUGCAAGUCAGGGACUCAAUUGCCGUUUUUAGUCAGUUGUAGUGGAGCAAUGGAAACAAGUUUUUCCUACUGUCUGGGGGUAGGCAAUUUGUGGAAAUAUCACAAAUUUUAUGGUCUGUUGGUGUGUUUUUUUGGUUUGUUUGUUUUUACUAUACCUAAGAUCCUUUGCUUAUUAGGGGCCACCCCACAUUUUCUUCAAAAAAUUGCUUUGCACAGACCAUAUAGAGUUAUCAAAAUUUUCAAAAGUAGGGGGCCCGUGGUUUGGCUUUUGAAAAAUCGGGGGUCCUCAGUAAUUAGCUAAUUGGGAACCACCUGGCCUAGACCUCAAGGAAUCUCUCCCUUGUCCCAGUUUGCUUAGCUUUACACUUAACGUAAAAUAAAAUGAACCCAGUUUUCCCCUCAUCGGCAGGCCUUCUCUUGGGAACCCCCCCCCCCCUUGUUGUGUUGUCUGUUGGAUUUGAUGGAAAUGUCCUUGGGGGAGAUACUGUGUCGCUCCGUGCUGCUAUUAGUAUUUCAUAAACGUUCUACACUCCUUGAUUGCAGGAAGAACCUCAAAGCAGUUGGGGGGGGGAGAUAAAGGAAUAAAGUGACCACUAAGAAUUAUUUACAACACUAGAAAGCUGUAACUUACAGAAAGUUGAAACACUAAACAAGUUGAAACUCACCUCGGCUUUCUAAGCACCUGGGUAGGCUUGUCUAAACAAUAUUUUUUCCCCAGCAGGGCGUUCCAAGGAGCAGGUCUUGCAAAUACAGAAAGGGUGUUAUGUGGGACCUGUAAAAGUGCCAAUUCCACCGACUGAAGCAGUCUAGUGGGCUCAUGUGGGAAGGAUAAUAAUAAUAAAUAAUAAUAAUAAUAAUAAUAAUAAUAAUGCUUAUUAUUAUUACUUAAUGCAUUUUUGUCUCACCUUUCUCCGAAGUUGGGAAUCAAGGUGGCUUGUGACAUAUAUAGAUAUAUAUAGAUAUAUCUUCAUAAAAUACUGUUGUGGGUUUGGGAGGGGAAGUUUAGAUUUUGGCCUGAGUCCCUUCCAAUUCUGGGGGUCAUGUACUCUGUGAGGGUUAUACUCUAUCAGAGGAGGAGGACGCGAUGCGAGGAGCUUAGGAUUGGAUAUCCGAAUGGAGGUCAUCAAAGAGGCUUAACAUUCUCCUUUCCUUCCUCCCGCACAAUCUAAACACUCUGUGACGGUGCAGUGGGACUGAGGACUUCAUAAGCAAGUGUGACUGGCCCAAGGUCACCCAGCAAUAUUGCUGCAGGUGGAGGACUGUUUCAGGAUGACGAACAGAACCUGUGCUCCCAGAGUUGCAGCAGGCUACGGCUCUAACCACUACACCACAGAGCAACUGCUCUAUUCCAAACUUUAAAAUGAAAAGUGUCAAUGUUGGUGCAGAUCAACAGAACGAGGUUUAAAGACUGUCUCAAGGCAAAUCUAAAAAAAUGUAGUAUAAACACCUACAAUUGGGAAACACUUGCCUGCGAGCGCUCCAGUUGGAGAACAGCCUUGACCAAAGGUGUCGUGGGCUUUGAAGACACUCGAACUCAGGACACAAGGGAGAAACGUGCUAAGAGGAAGGCACGCUUGGCAAAUCCACAUCGUGAUCAACUCCUGCCCAGAAACCAAUGUCCCCACUGCGGAAGGACGUGUGGAUCCAGAAUUGGCCUCCACGGUCACAUACGGACUCACUGUUAAGACCGUGUUUAUGGAAGACAAUCUUACUCAGCUAUGAGGGAUAGAAGAAGAAGAAGAAGAAGACUAUCAGAGGAGGUUGCUGAACUGGUCAGACAAGUUUGUAAGGCAGUGACCUUAACUGGCCACUUGUCCUCAUCAACAUCCCAAAAGAAUGGAAUGGGUUGCAAGAGCCCAACUAAGUGAUGGCCCCCCCUCCAGUCAAAUGGGUGGGUUUUUCCUCCACCUGCCUCCGCUAGCAGCUAUUAGCCAGAGCUGUGUAUGAGAGAGCAGGAAAAAGGCUGGGAGCUGGAGGCACAGAGACCUGCUUGCUUUGUGCUGGAUGCAAGGCUGCGACUUAAAGAGAAGGAAUAUCUUUGGGGGCAUUAAUGCUGCGAGUCGUUCAUCUUGUGCUCAGAUUGUAAACAGGUGUGAACAAAACCAUAUAUCCUAAGGCUCUGCUGACCUUCGUUCCAAGAAAACUGAACUCUGGGCAGGUGCUGGAAUUCCUGGAAUCUCACGCUGCUGGGAGAUUGCGGUGGUGCGUAACAACACGAAGGCACAAAAGCCAUAGUUAAAAUACAUCAGAACUCAUUUAGAACCAGCAAAUAAAAUAUAGUUUGCCCUGGCAGCAUCGUCUGCAGCUUGGUUUUCUGAACGGGGAGGUCUUAGCUUGCUGGCAGAAGGAAAGCAAAGAGGAAGCAGUCUAACCUCUCUUGGGAGGGAAUUUCACAAUAUGGGAGCCACCACCGAAAAGGCUCUCUCCUGUGUCAUCACCAGCCAAGCCUGGGACUGAGAGAAGGUGCUCACUCAAGGAUUUUGUCACCUGGGCAGGUUUGUAUAGGGAGAUGGAUAUACGUUUACAGGACCCAGCAUACAGUUAUAUGAAAUCUUCAGUGGUAAACCGUUGCUGUAAGAGCACUUCACUUGCAGGAUUCCAAGGGGCUCCCACACAGCAAAACAUUUAUCUUAACUUUGGUUUAGCCUGGAUUGAAGUUCCUCCUUUUUCCCUUUUUUGCAGGAACCUUGGCAAAUCGGGGCUUCGCGUUUCCUGUCUCGGCCUGGGUGAGUUCAUGGGAGAAGGGGGACACUAGGAAUGGCCGGGGGUUGCAAUAUGACUGCUUUGGGGCAGUAAUGCGGAGAGGGCAGUUUGUACGUGCUCAGAGGCACUCUUCACAAGCCCCAAGGCCAUAAUCUGCCAGAGCAUUCCGUGACAUCAGCAAGGCCCCCUUCAGAUUACGCUGUGUCCAGUGGGUUCAUUUGCUGGGAUGGGGCUUUUCACUGUGGCUCUUGGGUAGAGCUAGGAGUGUGGCCUGGCUGCGCAUAUCCAUCUCAAGAUCUUGAUCUCUCCUCUUGCAGGUACUUGGGUAACAUUUGGGUCGCAGAUCUCAGAUGAGGUAAGUCCAAGCCCCAUGCCCCAUCUACCCUCCUCCCUGCUGGAGAUUUUCCUGCCAGCCAUUAUUUGACACUUAUCUCCCUCUCUCGUUUUUUUUGAGAUGGCGGAAAAUGUGCUCACCAUCGCUUACGAGAACGGGGUCAACCUCUUUGACACGGCCGAGGUCUAUGCUUCUGGCAAGUAUGUCUGGCUGUUCCGCCCUCGGCUCUUUGCAGGAUUGCUGCCACCUUUCUGCCUGCACCUCAAAUAGCCUUGUGUGACAGGGAGAAAUUCAACAGGGGAAGCUGCAUUCCCACACCGGAGGAAGCAACGCCUUCUGAAUUUCUGCCUGCCCCGCAGCUGGCAACCCUAGGCUGUGGCCAUCUUUAUUCUGAGCUGCAUGACAUGAACGAGUCUCUCUGGGGUUGGAAGGGGAAUCAUAGGGGUCUUGGCACUUGCAUUCCCCCUGCCAAGUCACUCUCAGUAACUACCGUAUUUUACGCUCUAUAGGACGCACUUUUCCCCUCCAAAAAAGGGGAAAUGUGCGUGCAUUCUAUGGAGCGAAUGCAGGCUCCUUGGCUUCAGCGAUAGCAACACGAAACCUCCGAAGCGCAGAGGGAGUGCUCCCUCUGUGCUCCGGAGGCUUCACGUUGCUUUCGCUGAAGCCUGGAGAGUGAGAGGCGUCGGUGCGCACCGACCCCUCUCGCUCUCCAGGCUUCAGGGAUAGCCACCUGAAGCCUUCGGAACGCAGCACGAGUUCCCACUGCGCUCCGCAGGCUUCGGGUUCCUUUUGCUGAAGCUGGGAAAGCAAGACUCUCCUGGCUUCAGCAGAGAGGGAGAGCUGCGCAGCGUCCCUUCAGCCAAGAGGGAGGAGAAAUGGAAGGGGCUCCGUUUCUCCUGCCGCUUCGCUGAAGGGGCGCUGGGCAGAGAGGGGAAGAUUUUUUUUCUUGUUCUCCCCUUCUAAAACAAGGUGUGUCCUAUGGUCGGGUGCGUCCUAUAGAGCGAAAAAUACGGUGAUUUCUCUAGAAGGCGGCCCUGAAACCCCAAAUCUGGGAGCCAACCCAUCUGAUUUAUCGGCCCAGCCUUCCUAGGCAGUGGUAGAAGAGUGGUACUCUUCCCAUGCUCAGAAGCCCUCUCACCUUUACUCUUCUCUGUGUGGCCUGUUCUAAGUUUGAGACCUGGCUUGAUGGCUGGGGAUAAGGAAAUACCCUGGGUGUGAAAUCUUCCCCUUCCCUACGGAUUACAGUAAACUCAGCCCUUGCUGUCCUGUGAGACUUCUGCCCGCCAGACAUGUCCAAAGCAAAGAGCUGUCUCAAGGCUUUUCAGAAUGCGGUAAUUAAAGCCCCGUGACAUGAUUCUGUCAGGCUGAAUUUGGGGGCUAGCUGGCUCUGAAGGAAGGCAAGUUGGGACGGGGAUGCAACCUGCCACAGGGUGAUGUAAAGUGAUUGGGUGAGCGAGAUAAUUUGAACGGAGGACGCAGGUAGCGUCUCCUUGCGCCAGCAAUAGCAGGGACAUCCAUAGAUCAGGAAUGUAGUAUGGCGACAAUUCAACAACAGCAAUCCCCAGAGAUGGCCAGAGCAAACAUUGCAAAAUAUGGGGGGGGGGGGGAGAAAUUUAUGCCAUUUCAUCAAAUUUUGAAAUGUAGUAUAUUCCAUAUCUCAGUUCAGCAGCUGUCACUAUCUUAGUUGGCUGCAGUUAUGACGACAAAAAGUAUUGUGGCUACCUUAAAGAUGAACAGAUUUAUUGCAGCAUUAGCUUUCGUGAUCUAGCAGGGCACAUUGUCAGAUGCAGCAAGCAUGGCGUGUUAAAUUCAUCUGCCAUAUUUAUACGAUGGAUGGGAUGCUAGCAGUGGGGGCCGAGUAGGAUUGGCUCAGCUGCGUUCAAGCCCAGCAUGGAAAAUGUCUCGUCUCUCUAACUUUGCUGGGAAAGAGAAAGAGAACUAUAGUCAUGGGAAAGAGGACUAUAGUCUCAGUUGAGCCCCAAACAAAUAAAAUCAAAUUUGUAGAUACACCGUACCUUCUAGUUCAUGAAUCCUGCACUCAGAUUUCCCUUGAAAGCUUUUUAAAUAAAAUCUAUACACCAGUUGAUUGUUGUUGUUUUUUUAAAAAACAACCCUCAAAGUGCUUUACAAGUAGUAUAAAACAAUAAAAUUAAUCAGUCAAAACAACCAUUUAAAGCAUUCAAAUAAUAUAAUUAGCAAUAAACUAAAAACAAAUUAAAACGUACACCAGCAUUCCACAUGUCUGGGUAGGCUUGUCGAAACAAAAAAUACUUUUAGCAGGUGUUGAAAAGAGUACAGUGAAGGCACCUGCCUGAUUCCAAUAGGCAGGGAGUUCCAGAGUUAGGUGUUGCCAUCCUAAAAGAUUAGUUUCUUAUAAAUGUGGACGGGGUAACAGUGCCCCUGUGUUAACCGAUAACAGUGCCAGUUUUGAUGGGAAACCGACUUUCAGCUCAGCAGCAAAAUUGCCCUUGAGAAACUGAAAUAUUUUCCCAAUAAAAUAUGGCAGUGAGAGUAAACAACUUCAAGGCCCAUCAGUACAGAGCACCAAGCCAAAAAAACAAACAAAAACCCUGUGCUCGACACUGAUUGCAUCUGAAGCUGUUCCUUUGCAGUUUGCUUGUGAUACUUAUUGCUGGAAGGCGGAAAAAACAAAAUUAAUUCACCCUGCAAGGCGGAAACCAUCUGCUGGCUUUGUGUCCAUGCUGAAGGCCAUUUUGUCAGUUGCUUUUUUCAGUCCUUUUGACUGUUUUUUUUUGGGGGGGGAGGGGUUUCUUGUUCUGAGUCCCACCAGAUGAUUGGAAGUAGAUAUUAAAAGUCAUUUAUGUGAGGAAUUUCUGAGGAGUCAACCAGACGUGUGUGUGUGUGUGUGUGUGUGUGUGUGUGUGUGUACUGUAUAUACACAUAUAUACACAUAUAUACAUAAAAUUCUGUCUUCUUUUCUUAUUCAGAGCAGAAAAAACAUUGGGGAAUAUCUUGAAGAGCAAAGGAUGGAGGUAAACACACACAUACGUUUACUACUUACUGAUUUCCUAAAAUGUAUAUACCAUUUGAUUGUAAACAAAAAUUCAAAGCAAUUAAUGAAAAGAGUUCAUCAGUUGAAAUGGAAACAUAAUGAACAUUCUGUUGUCUAUAUAACGGGAUUUACACUCUUUGGAGAGCCAGGUGGCUUGUCUUCGGUUGAUGAUAUACAAAAGUUGUAACUGUGUAUAUCUAAGAAUCAAUAAGAUAUGCUAAUGAGAGAGAAUUGACCAAAUUAAUGGUAUAAGCAAUUAUGUAAUAAAUCAUUCAAAAAAUUUAAAACAGCAGUACACUAAAAACACACCAGCAUUUGAGAUAUCUCAGUAGGUUUGUUUCAGCAGGUGCCAAAAAGAGUGCAGUGAAUGUUCCUGCCCAAUAUCAAGAGGCAGGGAGUUCCGAAGGGUGGGUGUUGCUGUACUAAAAGAUGAAUUUCUUACAAAUGCAAAACAUGUUUCACAUGGCGCUUGAAACAGUGCCAGUUCCAAGGAUUAAAGUGGUCAAGUGGGCACAUUUGGUAUGGCGACCUCGUAGGUAAACUGGUCCCUCAUUGUUUGGGGCUUUAUAUGCUAAUAUAGUAGGGACGCGGGUGGCGCUGUGGGUUAAACCACAGAGCCUAGGACUUGCCGAUCAGAAGGUCAGUGGUUCGAAUCCCCGCGACGGGGUGAGCUCCCGUUGCUCAGUCCCUGCUCCUGCCAACCUAGCAGUUUGAAAGCAUGUCAAAGUGCAAGUAGAUAAAUCGGUACCGCUCCAGCGGGAAGGUAAAGGGCGUUUCCGUGCGCUGCUCUGGUUCGCCAGAAGCGGCUUAGGUCAUGCUGCCCACAUGACCCGGAAGCUGUACACCGGCUCCCUCGGCCAAUAAAGCGAGAUGAGUGCCGCAACCCCAGAGUAAGUCACGACUGGACCGAAUGGUCAGGGGUCCCUUUACCUUUACCUUUAUGCUAAUAUAGUAACACCUUGAACUUGGCCCAGUAGCAAAUCGGCAGCCAGGGCAAAUCUCUGAGCAGAGGUGCUGCACGCUGACAGGGUCUCACCCCUGCCGGCAAUCGUGUUGCAGCAUCCGGCACUAACUGCAGCUUCCGGAUCAAGCGCGAGGGAAGCCCUACAUAGAGAGCAUCACAACAAUCUGGUCUUGAAGUAGCCAGUGCAGGAACUAUGAUGGCCGAGCUUUCCUGGUCCAGGAAUGGUCAUAACUUCUGUAGCAGUUUCACAGCUGCCCACCUGUCCGUCAAUAUCUUCCGCCUUCUUCCGGAUUUGGCAAGCAGUGCUUUGGGUUACCAACCGCUGCAUCCUCACUAAUUUCUUUCUUCUUCUUUUGUUUAUAAUUUUUAUUAAGUUUUCUGUUUUACAAUUUAAAAUACUAAUUUUACACCCUUAAGAUAUCAAUGAGUUCCCUUCUUCUCUUUCCGUGGUUCAUUUUACAUAUCAUAAAUCUCUGCAUAUUUUACAAAAACUACACUAUUCAGUAUUUCAUUAUUGCAUCCAUCAAAACUUGUUUCUACUGUUGAAUUUAUCUUAAUGCUGCCAGCAUUUUCAGCUGUACACAGUUAUUUCCCAUAUAUUUAAUAAAAGCUUUUCCUUCUUUAAACGUAUGUUCUUCUUGUUCUCACAUUCAAUAUGUUAAGUCUGUGAGUUGUGCAUAUUCUGUCAACUUAAGCUGACACUCUUCUUUAGUUGGGACCUCGCUCGUUUUCCAAUUUUGGGCUAACGAAACACGGGCCGCAAUAGUGGCAUACAUAAAUAAUCUUUUUUGACACCUGGGAAUUUCAGUCUGAAUUAUCCCCAACAGAAAGGACUCUGGUUUGGGGGAAGGGAAGUACGGUACUUUUAAACAUUUUUUUCAAUUCAUUAUGGAUCAUUUCCUCACUAAUUUCUCCUAUCUCUGCUCCACAGGCGUUCGAGCUAUGUUGUCACCACCAAGAUUUACUGGGGAGGCCAGUAAGUACUCAAGGGACCUAGUUAAUCAAUGGGGAGGGAAGGGGUUGUAGGGAAGGAAUCUGUGCGUGCGAGUUGAAUUUGUCGUGUGUGGAGAGCAGUGGCCCUGUCCAGUUGUGGGGUGCUAGUUGCAGGUGAAAAGGAAGCUGGCAGAAUCCUAAGCCUUCCUACAACCCCAGUUGGUGGAGCUGGGAGGUUGUUGUGGGGAGAACCACAUAUGCCCACCCAGAGCUCUGUUAAGGAAAAAAUCCCAGGGUGAGAGACUCCAGAGCCCAGCUCGUCAGGGUGCAAGUCCCACGCGGGUCCAUGUGGUCAGUAAAAGAAGGAAGUUCCAGCCAAGUAAUUUGGAGCAAAGCAAGCCAUCAGUAGACCAUGAUCUUUCUUGUUGCACAACAGGUCCCCUCAAGAGUAAGAACCCCGAGCUAGGGGUGACAUCCUCUUUCUCAUGAGGAGGCCAAAGUCUUGGAGCCUCAGCUUCAGGAUCUGUCCUUCCAGUGAGCACUCAGGGCUGAUUUCCUUCAGAAUGGAGAGGUUUGAUCUUCUUGCAGUCCAUGGGACUCUCCAGAGUCUCCUCCAACACCAAAUUCAAAUGUCACAAAUGGGGAGGGGUGUACAAGGGUUACACGAGUUCAACAUUAGGUCACUUUAUCAGACACCUUUCCCAACACCUCUUAAGUACCCAUCAUCCAAAGAACAAUAAAACAGCCUUCUGGCAGUUCCCUCAUUGCGAGAAGCAAAGCUACAGGGAACCAGGCAGAGGGCCUUCUCGGUGGUGGCGCCUUCCUGUGGAACGCCCUCCCAUCAGAUGUCAAGGAAAUAAACAACCACCUGACGUUUAGAAAACAUCUGAAGGCAGCCUUGUUCAGGGAAGUUUUUAAUGUGUGACAUUUUAAUGUAUUUUUAAUCUUUGUUGGAAGCUGCCCAGAGUGGCUGGAGAAACCCAGCCAAAUGGGCGGGGUACAAAUAAUAAUUAUUAUUAUUAUUAUUAUUAAAUGCAUCCUCGCCCCCCAUGUCAUUUCCAUAACAGCUCCUUGGACAAAAACGUGGGAUAUAGAUGCAAUAAAUUAGUAUAAAGAAGCAAACCUCAGUCUGCCUUCAACCCUCCCCUUGUCCUGUCCCUUUCCUGCCCUUCUUACCUGCAACCAACCAGGGUGGGCGACCUCGCCUGCCAGCUUCCUGCCCCUUGGUCUCAGUGAUGCCUCCUGUAUAACACAGCAGUGGAUGAAGAUAGGAGCAAAAUUACAAUAAGUCCGUUCCUCCUGCUAUCGUCUCUGGCUUCUCCCCCCAUUGACCUCUCUGCCUCCUGCCCCACCAAAGGGCAGCAGUGGGUAAAUGGUAAGGGCUUGCAGUGUCUCAGUUUUGUAGUAUCGUAGAGCUGGAAGGGACAUGACAGGGGGCCACCCAACCUCUGCUUAAAAGACUCCAGGAAGGGAGAGUGCACUGUCCGUUUCGCUGUCAAACAGCUCUAAGCACCCCCAAAGCUCCUCCUAACAUUCAAGUUUUUCCCCUUAUUUUCUUCCAAGGGCUGAGACGGAGAGAGGCCUGUCACGGAAACACAUCAUUGAGGGUAAGGGGGGAGCUGGGCUUGAUAUUUCAGGGUUUGGGGGGAGGGAAGUUACCACAAUAUGCUGGAUGGCAAAAGCAUUUGGUGGAUUGAGGGAUCUGGGAACUACCAGAGGGGUGGCAAAAGGGUACAAGGAUUUGGAGGGGUUGAAGAAGAUGAAAUUUGGGGUGAAUGGGAGUUGGGGAUCCAGGGUUCUUUCUUGAUGCCAUUCUCAAUAGUUAGAUCUCUGGGGUGCUUCUCAAUUUCUGCUAUUUUGAAGUGGGAUUCUGGGUGCAUAGUUAAAGUCAAUUGGGAGGCCUUGUGCAAGGAAUCCCACUCCCCCAAAGUUUGGACCUUUUUUCUUUUGCUAUGGGGCAAAUGCUCCAGAAAGUGUGGGGCUGCCCUUGCUUUCACCUACAUUCCCUGCGGACAAAUGGGGCUGGAUUCUCAUUAAAUGACAGAAGACAUUACCAAGGGUGUCUCUGAGGCUGACGGAGUCCAAGAUGUCUGGGCAAAUGUUAUGAGGAUGCAUGCGCAAUAGGAACCUUGCUUGGAAGAGCCCCUGGAGAUCAGGAGACGUGCGUCUGCAGCUGGGGGCCCUUGCCUCUGGGGCAAGCUUUCCUUUCGGGGCUGGAGCAGGGCUUGGCGGGCGCUGCAGUGCCCAACCCCCAGAGGGCACCGGGUGGGCGAAGUCUGCUCUAAGCUCCAGCCGUUCUGGGGCUCCCUAUGCCACCCCUGUCCUUACUCCCCGCUGCUCUUUCGCAGGACUCAAAGGCUCUUUGCAGCGGCUUCAGCUGGAGUACGUCGACAUUGUCUUUGCUAACCGGAUGGACGCCAACAGCCCCAUGGAAGGUGAGUGGCCCAACCUGCUUCAGAAGGGUCAGGAUGAGGCACGGCUGCCUCCCCAGACACCUCCCUUUAGAAGAUCCAGGGGAGGCCAACCCUCUCUCCUAGGCUUCUCAGCAGCUAUCCCUUUACCUGCGACUGCCUGCCUUGCUUGACAGAUACCCAGCAACGCCGCUGCAAUAGCCGAGGGACUCCCCCUCCUUGUCUUCUCUUGCUAUCACCAUCCCGUUAUUCGCAGUUAGCUCCCACAGGCAUGAUAACCUUUUGAGGAAGGUCGUUAUUAAGCCCAUUCUUCACGCAGUGGGGGGGGGGCUGAGGCCAAGAGUAGGCGGCUUGCCCAAGGGCAGGCAAAGAGCCCACAGCAGAUGCCCCCCCCCAAAUCCUGACCCUCUUGCUGCCAGGCACACACACACACACACACACACACACACACACACUGUGCCCAAUUCCAGCGGCAUCUCAUUGGUUCUCUCCUUCCCCCCCUGCAGAAUGCGACCCGAACUUCCGAUUGCUCUUGCUGGAAGGUACUGCAGACUGCCCUGAUCUCCCACCUCACCCCACCCAAAAAAAUCCACCCCAAUUUGCUGCCCCGUCCACCCCAGAUCCUGUGAGCCCCAUACCUCUCUCAAGCGAGGAACAGGAUGAAGGGUUAUUCUAGCUUCGAAAAGUCGUUCUGGCUAAAGGAAGCUGUUUUGUGAAAAGGCGUCGCGUUCCCCUUGGAACAGGGAACGCUGAGGGCCACGAUCCCGCCUGGACUGUGAUCUGAGGGCCACGUGGGAGGGGGACAGAUUCAAAAGUGGGUGGAGCGUUGGAUGGAAAGGUCAGCUUGGCACCGUAGGGUCUGUCCGCUAUCAAGACAGACAAGAGUUAAACUCUGAGUUAAACACCCCAGGCAAGCAAAAACAUCCAAGGAGGGUGAUAUGAAGAAGGAUCAGUGAGGGGCGUAGUCUGGGAAGGCUCCCGGGGGCCACAGAGAGCCCUGCGAGGCUGCAUUUGGUCUUCAGAUCUGAAUGUUCCCCACCCCAGGUUUAGAAGAACUUGAAGCUCGUAUGCGUCAAAGAGUCUUUGCUCCGUGCGAGGCUUUAGGAAGGAGAUUUUCCCAGCAUGAAAGAGCUUUUUCUGCAGGAUUUUCACCUGCUGUUACAGGCUCAGGGUUCAACGAGAGGGAGGAAGCUUGCAGUCUCAUUCUUCAGCUCAAGCACACUGAGCAAUCCUAGGCUAAGGUAGACUUAAUACCUGAUGUAAGAGAGGAGGAACUUAUGUUCCUCACCUCAUGGAGGAGGCUGUGUGCAGAACACGUUGAGGUCUGUUUCGGAGAUACUGUGAGACUUUAGCUUGGGGGCUGCCACCAGAAAUCUCAGAGAUAGUGAAAAUCAGAGCCUUGCACAAGACCUAAUGGAUACUGGGCAGGAUUGAGCUAUUGAGUCUCAUCAGUGGAAACGCAUGCAAGGACUUCUGCUUGUGAAAUGGGGUUUGCCCCUCUCCCCUCGUGUGCCCCCCACAAUUGGCUCAAGGGGCGCAAUCAGGUGCACCCCCAGAACAGGGUGCAGGAGGAAGAGAGGAGAUUGGUCCACCCAGCCAGCUGAAAUGCUUGCAGACAUUGCAUAUGUAUUUCAUUGUAUAGUGAUUUAUUUCCAAGCCAGGCUCUUGAGAGGUAUGGCCAGCCCCUGCCUCCUUCCUGAAGCCCAAUACUCCUCUUUGCACCCCAUAAUGCCCUCCCCACUGCAAUGGCCCUGUGCCCCAGAUCCUUGUAAAUCCUUACCCAUAUGCCUACCCAGAAGUAAGUCCCGCUGAGAUCAUUGGGGCUUGCUUUCAGGUAUGGGGGCAUAAGAUUGCACCCUUUUGUUCCUGGGGUUAGAGGGGGAAACCUUCCAUGAAUAUCCCAGUCUCCAUUCUGUAGAGACCUCACCGACUGUAGACCCAAGGAUGGGGGUGCUGCCCUGAAAGUAGAUGUGUGUCUUGUGUGCUCGCAUGCUUUUGUGUUCUGCUGUAGAAAAAUUCUGUGUGUGUCGCAUUGCCAACUGAUCAGAACAAAGCAACCUGCCUGUUCUUAUGCCUUUAACAGCUACUUGAUAGCUGCAAAAAUCAGUAAGCGGAGCUUUUCUGAAUGGGGAGAUGAAUAGUUUGCCUGCUUAAUACCUGCAAAUCAAGCAACAAUUAAAGGCGAUUAAAGUUGACAAUCCUGUUUUGUGUCCGUGUGUAUAUGUAUGUAUGUGUGUGUGUGUUUACUAUAAAUGCAGGAACUCAAGAUGCCUUUGUGCUUCCUAAUAUCACAUGAACCCACAAUUGAACAAGCUUUACAAUAUCGGAGAGGAGAGGGAAGGCAAAAUUAUUCUCACUAUAGCAUUUUGGGAACUUACUUUGGAAAGAAUUUUUUUUUAAGUACUUUACUGGUAGAUCAAACCAAUUUGUUUCUGUGCUUUUAAUGAAGUAGAGAUGAAUAACACAAGUAUCUUUUCCCCCUAGAAAAGGAUUCUAGCCAGCUUGUAAUUCACUGAUUUCAUUGUGAAAAUGUGAUUAACAGGGGGAGCGCAAGAUUGAGCGAUCUUACGGGUGUGGAGCAGCUUUUUGGAGCAGUUACUGCUCAAAUCCAGCUCCCCACCUUUCUCUCUCCCUCCCGGUUGGGAUUCAGUUCCUGCUGGAGGCGGAAAGAGGAACUGACCUGGUUACACUGGGCUCACCUUCCAAAGGUGACAGGCAAAAGGUCUGGGGGGGCAAUUUCUUCUCUCACGUCUCCUCUCUCACCCUCAGAAAUUGUUCGUGCCAUGACUUACGUGAUCAACCAGGGGAUGGCCAUGUACUGGGGCACCUCUCGCUGGAGUGCAAUGGAAAUCAUGGUAAAUUCUGGCGUGGCGGAGAGGCGGGUGCAAACCGAACUGAUGCAUGUUUUCUCAGAAGCAGUGGCGUUGUGGUCCAGGGUUGUGAGGGGUUUGGGAGACCCGUUCCUAGGUCGCCUGCCUCCAGCAUCUGAGAGCCAUCCAAUCAGCAUGAAAGGGGAGCUUUUUAGCCACAGGGAAGGAGCCUUCUCGCCCUUUGUGUUGAUUGGAGCCAAUCGGAGUGAAAGGAGGCGGGUCAGCCGCUGAGGACGGGCUCCCGGGGCCACUCUGGAGAAGCUGUACAAGAAGAUCACUGAGGAGGAGUUGUUUUGUAUGAUCCAAAGCUAAGUUUUUAGAAAUACACUGAAAAUACAAGGUGCCUCCGUCCCAAGAGGAGUCUGUGCUACUUCCGUUACGUACAACGGGACUUCAAGACAGGCACAACUUAAGUUGCUCCAGCAGAAGAUACUGGAGCGCUCGAUACAUUUGCCUGUGUACAUGCACAGAAAACAGAAGAUCUAUGUGAAGAUCUGCAAUGAUCUUUGCAAUGCAUCCCUAAUUAUCACUUACUGUAUAAGGUGGUUGUAUAAUCGUGGGGACGGGACGCGGGUGGCGCUGUGGGUUAAACCACAGAGCCUAGGACUUGCCGAUCAGAAGGUCGGCGGUUCGAAUCCCCGCGACAGGGUGAGCUCCCGUUGCUCGGUCCCUGCUCCUGCCAACCUAGCAGUUCGAAAGCACAUCAAAGUGCAAGUAGAUAAAUAGGUACCGCUCCGGCAGGAAGGUAAACGGCGUUUCUGUGCCCUGCUCUGGUUCGCCAGUAGCGGCUUAGUCAUGCUGGCCACAUGACCCGGAAGCUGAACGCCAGCUCCCUCGGCCAAUAAAGCGAGAUGAGCGCCGCAACCCCAGAGUCGGCCACGACUGGACCGAAUGGUCAGGGAUCCCUUUACCUUUACAUAAUCGGGGGGGGGGCUGGCUGUGACUCUCCCGACAGGGACCCUGCACUUCUCAAUCUGCCACCAGAAGCAAGUCCGCCCUGCGAGACUGAUUAUUUUUGCCUCCCUCCCCUAAACCAGGAGGCGUAUUCCGUGGCACGGCAGUUCAACCUCAUCCCACCUGUGUGUGAACAGGCAGAGUACCACAUGUUCCAGCGGGAAAAGGUGGAGACGCAGCUGCCAGAGCUCUACCACAAGAUUGGUAUGGAGGCAGGCGGGAGAGGGCUGGGCCGGGGAGCCCUUUUUAGCUCAGGGGCCACAUUCCCUUCUGGGCAAGCUUCCGAGGGCCAUGUGUCCCUGGCAGGGCCAGAGUCGAAAAUGGAGCUGAGUGGCUAAUAUAAAUUUUCCCUUUGUUUUGCUCCCUAUCUUCCCCAAUAAAAUGACUUUGGGCACAAAACAGCACAGUUUGGGGGGCAUUCUGAGGGCUAGGCAGAGAGGCCUUGAGGUCUGUGUACAGGAGAAGGGAUUAUAGGGACCAAUGGAAGCAAAUUGCUGGGAGAGGCUGGGGUGACCAGGAACCAGAAGAUACAGAGGGAUCUGCAGACUGGAUAUGGAAUCUGAGGAAUGUGUUUCUGGAGGAGCAGCAGGUAGAAGCAAGAUGAUCCCUUGGGAGUAUAAGCCCAGAUUCAGGGUACAAUUCUGCGUGAGGCAUAUUGGAAGUUUACGGAGGGUGACCUUUGGAGCAGAUAAGAUUAAUAUGUGCACUUCUCUGCUGACUUUUCUCAGCAUGGGGUGGCGUUAAAAGACAUUUGCAAUGAAAAGUAAACCAGGAAGUGCUGUGAUUUAGGAUGGCCUGUGGCUAUUAUUUCAGUGAAUCUGUGUACAGUGGUAGGAAGAGGUGGGGGAUGUUAUUUGUUUCCCCCUUCUCUUUACCUGACCUGACUGGUUUUCUUGCUAGGAGUGGGAGCCAUCACCUGGUCCCCGCUGUCUUGCGGACUUAUCACAGGGAAAUAUGAGGAGCGGGUGCCUGAAAACUGCCGUGCCGCCAUGAAGGUACCGUCUCCUUUGCUUUUGCUGAGGCCUUCCGCCUCCCAACUUCAGCUGAACCUCGCACUGUCGACAUCACACACAGCCCUUAAAUCAGGGGAGACAGGCCUGCGGAGACCUCCAGAUGCUGCUGGACUACAACUCCCAUCAUCCCUGACUGCUGACCAUUCUGCCGGUUCUGAUGGGAGUUGUAGUCCAACAACGUAUGGAGGACAUCAGGUUAAUGACAACCAGUUCGGAACUCACAGCUCACAAGCCUUGAUCCUGACUGCCCUACAACUGUAGUUGUUUACUGGACCCACAAGACCUGCUUGGUCCUCCCUGUUCACUGUUAUUUUCAAACACUGGGUAUACAGAAGUCCUGGGGCUCAGAUUACGCACACUGGCAAUGCUCCAAGAAACCAAACACUUCCCUUCUUCAUCCCAAACAUAAAUCAAUUUGUUGCUGAUGUCUCAGAGAUACUUGAAACUAUCCUCACCAAAACACCAGGGCCUCCUCCAGACAUUCUCCUUAUUGUGCAUUCAUGAUUGUUUGUGUUCAUGAUGCUAUCAGGGGGGUUACACAAACUCCUGUUUCCAAGACUGUUCAUGCCUACAAAGGUUUCAUAGCAGGCAUACUACUCAUGUCCUGCUGAGAUCCUGUAGCUUCUUAUACCACAAAUGUUUCAGGGCGGGGGGUAGGGGGUGUUGUCCCACUUUUUUUGGCAUCAUAGCACAACAUUGGGAAAACAUUGCAGGACAACUAAUAAAGUGCAAUGAUGCUUCAAUGAUCCAUUAUGAACCCACCCCUAAGGCACUAUUCUUGUGUCAGUGACACCUGCUGCAAAAUUAUCUGCCCCCCCCAAAAAAAAUCAAUCUGGAGGGGUCCUAAAUCCUUUGCUGGCUGCUCAGCACAUCCCUAAGGGCUGCUUUGCAAGUUCACAACCUCCAUCCUUGCCUGCCAGUGGCUCACCGCCAUGCUGUGCGUUAGCUAUGAUUCCUGCAUUGCUGGGGGUUGGACUGGAUGACCCUUUAGGUCCCUCCCGAGACGACAGUUCUGUGAUUCUGUGGCUCUGCGCCUGUUUCCUUUGCUCCUCGCACCCUCCAGGGGUACCACUGGCUGAAGGAGAAAUUGCAGAGUGAAGAUGGGAAGAAGCAGCAGGCGAAAGUGAAGGAACUCCACCCGAUCGCAGAGCGCCUGGGAUGCACAGUGGCACAGCUGGCCAUUGGUGAGGGAGGAGCGGAGCGUCUGUGUUGGUCAGGGCAGGCCUCAGAAACAGCUGCACAUCUGGGGCAGGUUGCAUUCCAGAUCCUGCCUCAGAGGUGGGAAAGUUACGUAGCUCUGGGGUGGGAGAGAUUCCCUUUCCUGAAACCUUGGAGAGCCACCGACUGUCGUUGUAGACAACCCUCCCCCAACCUGAGGCCUUCCAGAUGUUUUGUACUACAGUCUGGGGGCUGUCGUCUGAAACAUCUGGAAAGCCCCAGGUUGCAGGAAGUUGGUGUGGACAACACCAAGCUAGGUGGACCCCUGUGGCAUAUCUCAGCAUAAGGCAGCUACCUUUGUUAGCCAUAGAGCUAAAAGAAGAUGUGCUAUUUAGGCCAAAGGUGGCAAUGUGAGCUCCUCAGAUUCAGCAGCUACCAGCAGCUAAGAGAAGUAGGUUAGAAAUCAGGAGGCGGUUUCCAGCUGCAAGAGGCGUGUGACAUCCUGGAAUAACCUCUCUUGAAACAUUACCGGAGAAAAGAAGAUGCCUUUGCCCAAGACCGAUGUAGAGCCCCGCUGCACAAUUGGCUUCCUGGUGCUUCAGCUGUGGCCCACGGGAGUAGAGAAGGUCGCCCUCGUAUUUUGUCUGUUCCCCAAGUUAGAGGACUAGAAUGUGGAGCAUCAGCAAUGCAGCAGCUGAGACUGGGAGCUUAUCCAGGCGCUGGAGACGCCCUUCUUCCCUAGGUUUCAGCCAGGCCCUGAUCCAGGGUGGUGCUGCCCCCAACUCUCAAGUGGCCACACAUGCAGUUAGUCAGGCACUUUGGCAGUGGCCCUGAAUCUCAUAUCUAGUUUGCCACCUCUUCUACUCCUGUGGUCCUGAGGGAGAUUAGGGUGGUCCAAGAGCCAGCCAGGCAGCUGGUGAGGAGACCUCCAGUCCUGGGGCAGAGAUGGCUGGACCCUACAGCUCUUCAGGGUCUUGCUGUCCUUCCGAGGUUGGUUCCAGGGCUGGGCAGAGCUGAGCCCUGACGCUCAGCAACCCCAGGAGGUUCUCUCUUAGCCAGGGCCAGUGUGCAUGAAGAUGGGCCUAAUUCAAGUUUACCCCGGGGAGGUUUUAGCAGCCAGGAUGGUGCCUUAACUCCACCCAGAUUCCUCUGGAGUUAAGUUGUUGGGUGGGCAAGCAGCUCUUUGCUCCCUGCCCGCCUCUUCCCCGGCCCUUUUGUUUUCUUCCAGGGUGGCAAGUUUUUAGACGGCUCUCCUUAUUUGAUUUCUCUUGUCUCCUCUUAACCUCAGCCUGGUGCCUCCGCUCUGAAGGCGUCAGCUCUGUCCUUCUCGGGGUCUCCAGCACCGAACAGCUCAUUGAGAACUUGGGGUCCAUCCAGGUAAGGAGAAGGAACAAGGGUGCUAAGUCUGGCAUAAAGGAUGCAAAACCUUCCCCCGUCUGUGCGCAUUUAUAUCUUGUCCUGUCCUGAAGCUUCAUGAGAGCAUGAACAAAUAUUCAUCCAGGCCAGGAAGGGGGAACCUUUUUCAGCACAAGGGCCACAUUGCCUUCUGGGCAAGCUUCCGGGGGCCACCUGUCCCUGUGGUGGGCAGGGCCAGGAGCAAAAGGCAGAGGGUAGAGCAAUGGGUGCAGAUUUCACCUCUGUACACUCGCCUUCAUUAUACACCUUUAGGCGCCAGAUGAAAACAUUCCUCUACCACCAGGCCUUUGGCUGAUGGACUUCCAGUGCCCUUUUAAAUGAGUUGUGGAAGGGUGGGGAUUAUUGGUUUCUUGUUUUUCUUAUGCAUCUUACAUUUUUUAUAUUGUGUUUUUAUGUUGCAGAACACCCUGAGAUCUAUGGAUGCAGGGUGGUAUACAAAUAAUAAUAAUAAUAAUAAUAAUAAUAAUAGUUUUUGCAUACACUCACACACCCGUCUCUGUCCUAUAUCUAGGGAAGCAUGAGGCAGGCACUAUCAAGAAUUCAAGGACACACCAAAAAAAAAAGAAAGAGCGAGUGCAGAGCAGAUCUGGUAGAGGUGUGGCUGGGGAGAAUCUGGGGGGCCAGAUAGAGAAGUCUGGAGGGCCACAUCUCUCCCUCUCACACACCCCACCAAGACCUGAGGUUCUUCAGCCCUGAUCUGGUUGCAUUUUAAAUCAUUGUGACCUGCUCUGGGAUCUUAGGGUGAAGGGAAGGUAAUAAAAUAAAACCUCAUCCUGGGGUUUUGGAGGCGUUCCAUAGAGCCAUCCUGCCUAAUAACCAUUGAUAGACCUCUUCUCCUUCAUGAAUUCCUCUCGUCUCCUCUUAAAAACAAUCUAAGCACAGUGGUUAUACGAUGUCCGCUAUUCAUUGAGCAAUUGCCGUCCCACACACUUCCCAGCGUAUUUUCUUGCCAGUUUCCUUACCGCAAAAAGCCUGUGGUUUCUUGUUUGGGUGAGUUUAAUGGUGCGUUUUUAACUGCACAACCCAAAUUUGCGGGUUUAUGAUCGAAUCCCACCCACAAAGUCGCCAUGGUCUGGAAGUGGCAUUGAAAGAGGAAGAAAAGAAUUACUUCUAGAUUUUCUCCAAAUCAUGCAUACCAGCUUGGUGGCUUUACAAUUUCCAUUUCAAAUUUUAAAAAAGAAACGUGGCAAAAAGGUAGGUGGGGAGCAGGAACAACUAUAUAUAAUGGAGAAAAGUGAUCGUGAAGGGAAAUGGACAUUUAUUUACUUUUUUUAAGACCCUCAAAGAAAAAAGUGGUGGUUAAAAAGGGGGUGGAAAGAAAAGCCAGGGCACUAGAGAGGGUUGCACAGAGAUGAAAACUGGGAAACCCUGCAGCUCUUUUUAAAAUCCUAGUUUCCCCUGGCUUUUGUGUUGGGUUUGACAGACAUAUGAGCCAGCUUCUCAAAUUGCUGGCCCACUCUAUUUCCCUAUUUAUUUUGAAAGCUUACAUCCCUCCUCAUUUUCAAAAGAACUUCAGCUAGCAGAAUAAAAUCACAGUGAUAAUUUUAAACAACCUAGAAUGGGACUCGGCUACGUUGGCAAAGAAAAAACGCUUCAUAUGCCUUGUCUAUGCAUUCUAACGCUCUGACACCAGAUGGCGCUGUGGAGUUUCGUUUUUGCUAACCCGAUUUCUCAUACAAAGUUUGCAACGUAUUUUAACUGCCACUAUGGCGGAAGCCUUUCCUCCUCAGUCAUGCAGCCCCUCUCUUUCUCUCUCCACAGGUUCUGACUCAGCUGACGCCCCAGGUCGUCCAGGAAAUUGAUGCGCUCCUGGGCAACAAGCCCAAUGCAAAAAAAGAGUCCCGGGCGUAGGGACACGUUGGCGCCCGGGACGUUGCACGCUGUUGUCCCAAAGGACUGCAUCGCCUCCUGCUCCUCCUCUGGGGGGUCCUGGCCCCACCUACCUACCCCCCCUGCCCCACAUGCUCUCCCACCAGCUGCCGCCUCUCAACCUGGCGGGGGUGGGCAAGGAGGAGCCGCUUUGCGCAUGAGAACCAAAUAACCUUAUACUUCCACGGCGGGCGAAGUGGGAGGGCGCCGGCGGGUUAGCGCCUGCCCCCCGCAGCCGCCUGCUUAGAUUACAGUACAAAUAAUAAGGCAUGAGCAACCCAGCUAUGGGAUCGGCGGGUAAGAGGCACCGCCUCCCGCUAGCGCCGGAACUGCCGGCCGCUUUGCCUCUCUCUUUCCCAUAUCAAUGCGCCUGGUUUUUAAACACGGGGCGGGCACAGCGCAACGAGGCAAAAUGGGGGGAGUGGGGAAAACAAGCACACAGCUGGUGUAUGAUAACAAUUGAGCUUCCUUACUGCAUAUUUAGCCCCCGCCGACCAAAGUCCCGUGUAGUGUUAUGAAUCACUCCAUUUACUUUACUUUUCUUUUCUCCUCAGCAUCUUGUGCUUUUGUUGGGGGAGACCCCACCAGCUUCAUUUGCGGGUUUUAUGAUGUUUUGAGGGACCGCAGAGGAGCCAUCUUGGGCACGACCCAGUGGGAAGUCCUCUCGGCUAAAUGAAUGGGAGCUGCGCAUGAGUGGGAGGGGCGCCAUUUUGGAUUUCCUGCCUCAGGCACCAAGAUGUCUUAGGCCGGCCUUGUGUCCCAGUGAGGACGUAGCUGAGAUAGCCCCUGUCUCUGGUGGGGAUAUUGUGAAGGGACAGUCCCCUUCACCCCAAUUCUUCAAAUUUAACCUUUCUAGAGUCCUUUUUCGGAUACAAAUAUCAACUUUCUUCCCCUACCCAUCUUUUAUUUCCACUCACUCUACCCCCUCAAAACCCCCCACAUAAAUUAUUGCCUUGCCUCUCCAACACAACCUCCUCCCUUCACCGGCUUUCCAUUCCUAAACAUUUAAGGUUUAUCCCCCAGGGGAAAUAAAACAAAUCCCACAUUUUGAGGACAGUGGGGCUAGGACUUUUUGAAAGACAAAUUUGUCAGUUCAUGUGCUUAACAUGGCCUAGUCAUGGAUUAUUUUUUAAAAGGGAAUAAGGUUUCUGCAGUGCAAAAUCGUUGCCAGAACCUGUUUCCCCUUCCCCACCGAGUGGAGACUGGUGAGCAUUCAUCUCCAUGGCAGGAUUACGUUCCUCCAUUUUGGGGGGCUAAGAAAGCCCAAAAUUCAUGGUUGUCAGGCGGAUCAGCCCUUUGGGCAAGCAAAAGCCAUUUUGCCCACAAGCUCCACUCAGCUUCUCCGAACAAUGUUCCUCGGAUGUAUCUCCCCCCACCCCCUGCCCCAAAGCGUAAUUCAUAAUGUCUUUAUUUGGUUUCGCCUAAUCCUUUAUCUAAUUUGCAGCUAUUCUCCUCACUGAAUGCCAUUACAAAUUCCCCCCUGUUACUUUUGGCAGGAAAGCAAAAUUGGCUCCCUUCCUGCUCCUCAGGAGCAGCAGAAGCAGAUGGCUGAGAAGAGAGAGAGAGAAAAAAAGACAUUUCUCUCUCCUUCCCCCUCAGUUUCCCUCUGUGGUUUUUCAUUUUGCCGUGAAUUUCCUCCCCAGAGGCCGACACCACCGAACCUUCCCGUUUUGUUGCGGAGGUGGAGGCUGCCUUAUCACUUUGGUUCUGACUUAAUCUCUCUUUCUCUCUCUCUCUCUUUCUUUUUUUGCAUUUCAUUUUUUAAAACAGAAUUCCAUAUUCACCCUCCUCUAGGGAAAGAGCCAUCUCUUCUUAAAGCAAUAAUAUAUUGGAAAAAAGCGUCCUCAGGGUCAAAGGGUCACCUUGGGGCAGUGGGGAGAGAGGAAGGCUAGCAACCGAGUCCCCCCCGAACCCCCUUGCUCCCGGGGAGCCCUGUGGCACCCUAUUUUUUGCACAACUCAUUGCUUUGAAUCUGCUGCGCUUCCAGGGCAGGGCCACUGGCACCUGCCCCCCUCGCACUGGCUGCAAAAUUAUACGAUGCUGUGUAUAUAUAUAUACAUAUAUUUUCUCUGUCGAGAAUGAGUCUGCUUCGAGUUUUACUCUAGAGUAGCACUUCUGUCGCUUCCAGGAGUCUCUGCAGGGGGUUGGGGUUGGGUCUGCAGGUCAGAACUGAGGCUGCUUGGGAUUUCUAAGAUGGCACCCACGCACACCCCUCUCGGUUCCCCAGAUCAUUAUUUAUUGCAUUGUUUCCACGAGGGAUAGCUCAGUCAGUAGAGCGCAAGACUCUUAAUCUCAGGGUCCCGGGUUCGGGUCCCACAUUGGGCGAAAGAUUCCUGCAUCGCAUGGGGUUAGACUAGAUGACCCUCGUGCUCCCAACUCUCCAAUUCUAUUAUUUACGUCACACCUGUUUUUCUCCAGGGAGCUCAAGGUGGUUUAUGUGGGUCUCCUCCCCUUCCUCGUUUAAUCCCCACAGCAAUGGAGGUUAGGCUGAGAAAAGGCAGCCCAAAGAUCAACACCCUAUAAUCUUCAUGACCGACUGGGAAUUUGAAACCUGGUCUCCCAGGUCCAAGUCUUUAACCACUAUGUCACACUACAAUCUUUAGAGGUUUUGAACAUAUAUUGUUAUAUAUUUAUUUAUUUAUACCCUGCCUUUUACUCCAACAGGGACUCAAGGCAGCUUACAGAUAAAAUAAGAACAGCUAAAAACAUUGGGGGGGUGUUAAAUUAAAAACAUUAAUAGGAAACAUUAAUAUAAUUAAAUAUAUGUAUAAUCUUUACAUCGGUGGGCUCUCCUUCACUGGAGGUUUUUAAACAAGAGGCUGUGGUUCCUGCAUUUCAGGGGCUCGGACUGGAUGACCCUGGGGCAUAGCUGUCAACUUACAGAUUUGAAAAUAAGGGACCAGCAGCCUCGAAAAUAAGGGAUCAGCAGCCAAAAUAAGGGACCAACAAUUACUUUGAUAAAAUACAUAUUUUGUUGCAUGCAAAUGGCUUUAGAUACCUAUUAGGUCCAUAAAUUACCAUAUAGCAUAUAUUCAAUACAAAAAAAUAACAGCAACAAUUUGUUGUUGACAAAGGACAGCCGGACAUAGAAAGGGCCCCAUUAACGUCAGUAGCUUAUUUAAGGGACAUCAUCAAUAAGGGACAGCAGCAGGACAUGGCGCUGGGAUAAGGGACUGUCCCGCCAAAUAAGGGACGCUUGACACCUAUGCCCUGGGAUUCCCUUUCCAACCCUACAAUUCUUAAGGUUUUUAAGAUUCUAUCUGUUUGUGGCCCAGAUUUGUACCCCACAAAAGCUCAGGGCAAGGAAUCUGUUUAGAAACUGCUUAGGAAAUCUGAAGUGGGGCUGGCGGGGGUGGGAGACUGAAUAUAUUCAAUUUUUAGAAGAGAUUUCCAAACCGACAGGCAGAUAUUUUUAAAUGGCAAAACGGGGUUCAGGUCAGUUUUGCCUGGGAGCUGGACUCCUGGGCUCCUGCCCCCAGAUAUGACUAGGUUGUACAAGGUGUUUCUCUGUGCGUGAAUCUAGUAAUAUUUAGCCGCCUUUUGAUAAUGUUCUUUUGGAUCCGCAAAGGGAAGGAGGCUAGGCGAGAAAGCCCUGAAAGAUUUCAAAGCGCAGAGCUCGUUCCAAGGGAGAGCAGCUCCCUCUGCAGCACAGCAGAGGCAUUGCAGGCCUGUGCACAAAUCGCCCCUUUCCCCCUAAAGGAGAGAGAAAAGAGCUAUUUCUACUGAAAAGCAGUCCCCCUGCAGAGACCACCUUGCAGGGAUUUUUAAAAAAUGCUUGAUAUAAGUAGAAUGGGCACGUGGCUUUCAAAGAGGUUUUUUUUUUGCCCCUUCUUUUUUGGGUGUGUGUGUGUGUGUGUUUGGGCAGUGG